AUGUUCUACUUCCACUGCCCCCCGCAGCUAGAAGGCGCUGCCCCCUUCGGAGGUCACUCCGCCGGCGACUUCGACGACGGGUUCCUGCGAAGGAAGCAGCGCCGCAACCGCACCACCUUCACCUUGCAGCAGCUCGAGGCCCUGGAAGCCGUUUUUGCUCAAACCCACUACCCCGAUGUGUUCACUCGGGAAGAGCUGGCUCUGAAAAUCAACCUCACGGAGGCCAGGGUGCAGGUGUGGUUCCAAAAUCGAAGGGCCAAAUGGAGAAAAACAGAGAGGGGUGCUUCUGACCAAGAGGGCUCUAAGGAAACCAUGGCUGAGGUGGCACCUCCUGCGAGGAAUUUAAAUUCGCCUUCUCCAACAGACCAAACCAGGAAUAAAAAAGAGGGUCUGGAGAUCCAGCAGAGCCUGAGCCGAGCAGUGGGUCCCACAGGACCUUUCUUCCCUUCCUGCCUGCCGGGGACUCUUCUCAACACAGCCACCUAUGCACAAGCUUUAUCCCAUGUCGCCUCUCUAAAAGGGAGCCCACUGUGCUCGUGCUGUGUUCCAGACCCCAUGGGCCUCUCCUUCCUGCCCACCUACGGCUGCCAAAGCAACCGCACGGCCAGCGUGGCCGCGCUGCGCAUGAAGGCGCGCGAGCACUCGGAGGCUGUGCUGCAGUCUGCCAACCUCCUGCCCGCUGCCAGCAGCAGCCCCACGCCUCCUGCCAAGCCCGGCCCUGAGGGCAGCCAGGACAAGCAGCCCUCUGCAGCCAAGGAGCACAUGGAAGGCGAGAAGAGCGUAUGA